AGCCAUCAGAUCGCGGAAGUGCGACUUUUUUUGGACCGUGGAAAAGGGGGGUAGACUGGGUGAGGAAAGGAAGGCAGAGCCGAAAAGAAAAGUUUCAUGACUUAUUCGUACUUCGACGUGUAGAAGAGCAUGGCGAGACCAGUUCCUGUCCCGUAUCUGGAUUGACUUUGUUCCUCAAAUGUGAUAUUUUUAGGAGUUAAUCUGAAAAGUGCUUAGGAGAGCAGGACCGGAAUCGAGGGGCCGAAAGGAAGCGAGCGGUCAGCACACUGUCAUCUCUCUGGUGCGAUGAUGAAGGAAUUGGUGGAUGCAGGGAAAAAGAGGACUAUAAAAGACCAGGGAAGACAAGUUAUCGAUUGCGAUAGAGCAACGUGGAAAGAUAUUUAAGGACGUUAAGUGGACACUGAGACGGCUGAGACAUCAUGGAGCUCGUCCCCAAAACCAAAUACACGCCCUUUAGGAGCGACUCCUUCAGCUCAACAGACGAGACGGCGUCCAAUCCUUCCCUCCCUUCUUCUGCUCCUCUCACUCCUCUCACCCCUCCUGGCAUCCCUCCUUCUCUCUCCUCAUCCUCCCUCACCCCCAUUCUCCCUCCUUCGUCUCCACGGCAGGCUGAGAACAGCCCCACCACCCUCUGCUCCUUCUUCCCCAAGAUGGGAGCCCUGCGGCUGGGCGUGUCUUCCACUCUGCUCCCAGGCCUGAAGGCCUCCAGCAGGCCGGCGAGCAUGCCAGGCGGUCAGGGAGGUUUGGGAGAGUCUCCGGAAGACACUAGGACCUCCGCCGCCAGCUCUUCUCUUCCUCCUCCUCUUCCUCUCCUUUCUCUAACAGCCCCAUCUCCUCCUCCUCGUCCCCCACAGGAUAUGAACCGGCUGGGCGGGGCCUCGCGGAGGGCCCGUGUGGAAGGGGGCCAGCUCGGCGGAGAUGAGUGGACACGGCACGGCUCCUUCGUCAACAAGCCGACCCGAGGUUGGCUGCACUCGGACAAUGUGGUCAGCACCAGUGGGGUCUCUUACACUGUCAGGUAUAUGGGCUGUGUGGAGGUGCUGCAGUCGAUGAGAGCACUGGACUUCAACACGAGAACUCAGGUUACCAGGGAGGCAAUAUCAGUGGUGUGUGAGGCAGUACCAGGUGCCAAAGGAGCUCAGCGAAGGAGAAAGCCCUCCUCUCGUUGUCUCUCCUCCAUCUUAGGGAAGAGUAAUCUCCAGUUUGCUGGAAUGACAAUCAACCUCACCGUGUCGACCAGCAGUCUGAACCUACUGGCAGCCGACUGCAAACAGAUUAUCGCCAACCAUCACAUGCAGUCCAUCUCUUUUGCAUCAGGAGGAGAUCCAGACACAGCAGAGUAUGUUGCCUACGUCGCCAAAGACCCCGUCAAUCAAAGAGCGUGUCAUAUCCUGGAAUGCUCAGAGGGCUUGGCUCAGGAGGUCAUCAGCACCAUCGGUCAGGCUUUUGAACUGCGCUUUAAACAGUACCUGAAGAAUCCCCCCAAACUGGUUACCCCUCAUGAUCGCAUGGCUCCUUUUGAUGGGUCAGCCUGGGAGGAAGAGGAAGAGGACAUGGCUCCACCCCCUGACGUUCCGUAUUACAAUAACUUCCCGGGUAAACAGCCUCCCCCUGGAGGCUUGGUUGACAUGAGAACCCGUCCUGGACACAGUACAGGAGCCACGCUGCCCUAUGGACAGCCCAGCCAGAACGAUAUUCACAAGCAGCCUCUACCUCCUCUGCCAGUGGGUGUUAAGGAAGGAGGCUUGUUUGAUGACCCCUCAUACGUCAAUGUGGAUAAACCCCGCACCCCAGCGGCGGCCGCUGCAGCAGCCAAUGGAAAUGCUCACAGAGAUGCGUUUGACAUGAAGCCAUUUGAUGCUGCUUUAGGCGUGUCGGGAGCAGUGGCGCCCCCUAUGGCAGAGCAGCUACAGAACGAGCCCUGGUUCCACGGACCUCUAAGCCGCAGACAGGCCGAAAGACUCCUGACCAAGGAUGGAGACUUCCUGGUGCGGGAGUCAGGCACCACACCAGGCCAGUACGUCCUCACUGGACAGCAGGGCGGCCAACCCAAACACCUGCUUCUGGUGGAUCCAGAGGGAGUGGUGCGCACCAAAGACCACCGUUUCGAAAGUGUCAGUCACUUGAUUAGCUAUCACAUGGACAACCGGCUGCCAAUCAUCUCGGCAGGAAGCGAGGUGUGUCUGCAGCAGCCAGUUGAUCGCCGAGCUUGAGAAAAAAGCCUGAUUUUUCUCCACCACACUUUUAAGAGAGAAAAAACUCCUCCCUUUCUUACUUCUUUUUUGCCAGACUCUUUUUGAGAAAUACUUUUUUUUCCAAAUGGAAGUGUAAGCUAAUCAUAUCUUCACAGAAACACAGAAUUUUGUACCGCAUCAACCAUGAAAUUAAGAAGCGAUGCAAUCAUUCUACUUGAAAUAAGUGAUUACAAAAACCCAACCAAUAAGGCGUCUGAAAGAGAAGCUGAUGCGUAAUUGAUAUGACAUCACUUCCCCAACACAAUAUCAUGUCUUGAAUUAAGACUGGGGUGCACCUGUAACCAUGGCAACAGGCCCGGGCAUUUUUAGAGUCGAGGGUUGAUGUGAAUGUACUAAAACUUCAAAACCUUUGUAGCACUCUAAAGAUUCACAUCUAGUGCAAUGGGCGAAAUCCAAAGACUCAAGCUUCAUAUUGGUCGUUCGUUUUCAGAGAGCCAUUUUGUUGUGGUCUGUUUGUAAAUCCUCACAUUGCCGUGGUCUCAAGACUGUUUGAUGAAUAUGCAAAACUUUAAAGAGAAUACAGCACUCAUUCUCCAAUCACAGAUGUCACCAUCCGCAUCAAAUCAAUCGCAUCCGUUGUAAAUCCUACCGGAAUUUCCAGUGUUCCCACCAAGGGAUAACACUCAAAAUGCAUCUUAUUCUCACCCCCACAAAACCCUUUACAGGAUUCCGAACACGAUCCCCUAGGAAAAUUGGGAAUUUUGGCCUUUUGGGAACACCCUGAACAUAUGUGAAAGCUUUAGCAGCAUGGAAGCUGUGUGGAUUUUUCCUUAUGCAAUUAAGCUGACGCUGUGAGGAACUUACGCUGCCCAUUAUGAGGUAUUACGAACUAGUGUGUGGAAAAAGGGAACAUUCCCUUUCCACAUAACAUCAUAUAUAUAUCAGCCUGGGAGAAAAGGGACGAGAGAAAAGAAAAUGAAGUGCAAUCUGUCAAAAUGGGUGUGUAAGACUGAGGGACUGCGGUUUGAUAUCAAACAGUUUAAAGCCUACUUAUGAUGUCAUUUUAAACAGGAGUUUAUAUAUUUGUUGCAAUGAUGUCAUCUCGUCGAUCAGCUGAUGACAUCAUCGGCUGGAUGGUUUUAUUCUGGGACAUGGAGGUUCUAUUUUUCUUUGUCUUUUCCUUGUGGAUGUUUCUUCUGUUCGCAUUGACUAUCAAUUUUCACAAAGUUUCAGCUGCUUCAGUAUGUUGAGAGCCUUGAGAAAGUGGGAGGAUAUGUGUAUCGUGAAAUAUGCGUCUUGUUUUUAAAGAUUCACUAUAAUUACUCUGCAUUUAAAUGAUGCAUAUUGCAAGGGGACACUCCGUCCAGGAAGAGGAAGAGCACUCCAAACGAAUUCUGAACGUGUCUUUGCAGCCACAAGUGCAGUUUCUGUUGAAGCCACAGACAGGAAACCACUUUUUUUCAUCUUUGUUUGCUCUGAUAUUGAUUGUGCCUUUUUCACCAAACACAGACACACCGAUAAAACACAGUCGCCUUUUGUGGUUCUAUGGGUAAUCGUGACACUUUCUUUUCUUAAUAAAACGAAACUGAAAAAAUAAUCUACUGCAAAAAUGACACAAGUUUAGUGAGGCUUAGUACAGAUUUUGGGAAAGCAGUCUUCAUUUUCUUCUGCACGUUAAUUCUGCUAUGCUGUUUUUACUGUGCUUAGUUUAGUGCUGAUCUGUGGGUUAAAUAAAAUCGGUUAGCAUCAUGUUAUGUUGCUUAAACUUGCAUUUGUGAAUAAACACCUUUAAUUCUGUCUCUUAUUCGGAGACCAACUUUAGAUGCCCUAUAAGAGAACAUGUAAAUAAGCUUUGCCUAUGCUAAUAGCUCUGUCUAAAACCAGUCAUUCACUGUGUGGAUCUGUGUCAAAUGAAUCCCUUGGGAUUUUGCAAACUCACAGGAUUGUACUGGGUGAAAAAACAAAGGAGUAAGAUUUGACAAGCUCUCCUGAAGACAACGCAAUCACAUUGUGUUCAUCACACGCAUCUAUGUAAAUGAUGAGGAUUUGCUUAGUCGGAUGUACAAAGACCCUUAUCUGGAUGCUUUAUGAAUCUGAAAUGGGCAACGGUUUUAUUUUUAGACUUUUUAAUGGAUGUAAGUUGUGUAUUUUGAGUCAUCGGUCAACAUUCAUUCCACAUUAUAAAAUCCAGACGGAUUCCAGCUGCAGCUGUAUGUGACCAGCCCUCACACUUGUGUGAUUUUUAGCCUAUUUCAAAUUGGAUGUUUUUUAUUUUUUAUCAUUUGACGUCACAGCUUUUAUGUGCUGAUGGCACCACAGAUCUGGUCACUAACGGUAAUGGAGUUUAAACAAAGUGUGUUUAUGAGUCUGUGUGCGUGGAUGCAUACAUACGCAGGGCUGGAAUGGUCUGGAAUAAUCUGGCUAUUACAACUCUGACUUGCCACUCAACUGUUUGCUCAUUUUCAUAUUUCACAGCAGCCUUUUGUUGCAUGGAAACCCUUCCUGUUAUUAUGGUAAUAUUGACUUUUGUGUUGUGGUUGGUUGUUUGCUAUUUUCUAAGCCAAAGGCUAUUUCUUUCUUGUUUGCCUAUAUAAUUGUUGCUUCUUUUUUUAAAAAACAAAAAUACAUGUUUUUGAUUAUUUUAAUAAUUUGUUUUAUGUUGUUGUUCUUUGGGGAAAACAUAAAUGUUUACACCUGUAUCAAACGAUAGAUUACAUAUAUAAAUACAUAUAUAUCAUUCAUCUUU